AUGCCGACCGCCGAGUCCGCCGAGUUCCUGGCCAAAAAGCCAACCGUCCCACCAACAUACGACGGCGUCGACUUCGAAGACACAGUCGCCCUUCACAAUGCCCGUGAUGCCAUAAUCCGCGAACAAUGGGUUCGAAGCAUGAUGUCCAGACUUGUAGGCGAUGAAUUGGGCAAAUGCUACAGAAGAGAGGGUGUGAAUCACUUGGAGAAAUGCGGCAAGCUCAGAGACAAAUACUUCGAGCUACUGAAGGAAAGGAAGGUCAAGGGAUACUUGUUUGAGGAGAAGAAUUACUUUACCAAGGAUAAAUGA